ACAAAGUUCAUAUUUUAGGCUUAGAAGAUCAUGGGUCUGUUGAAGAGAAUAAUGUUGGCAAUAGAAACAGAUUGAAAAUCUCUUGUGAAAUCCUUCAAAAUGCUGGUGUAUCAACAAAUCAAACUCGUUAAGCUGAAGAGAGUUGUUUGGAUGACGUAAUCCUUGUUUUCCACGAGUGUCGUGGGACGAGUUGCUCAUGAGGAUCGUUUUGUUGAAGAAUGGAAGUCUUUUUCAGAGUUUCAUGAAAAUAAAAAAAAGGAAAAGUGAAAAUAAAGUUGUUGAAAUACGUGUCGGAGAUUGGUGAAUUAUCCAUAAGAGAGUCAAGAGAAAGUAAGUCCACUUCCUAAAGGUUGGUAUAUUUAUGCAGCAUACUUACAAUAGAUACAGUUGUUUGGUGUUGCUAUUUUAUUCACAUUGUGGAAUCUAGAAUUAUAAUAUUCUUGGACUUGUGAGACACGUAGAAACUAAAAUAUCAAUGUUUAGUUUAUUUUAGGCUUGCUGUUCGAAAUUUUAUACAUAUGGUUAGCCCAAAUGUUUUAUCGAAUAAUGUACACCUUAUGAAAAAUCUACAAGAAAACGGGGCUGUUUAAAUAAGUCCACUUUUAAAAGGGUUUAUUUAAAUUUUUUUUUUACUUUUUAUGGUUACAUAUGGUAACAAAUGAAUUGGUUACAUACAAACCCAUUGUGAGAAAAUGAGACAACAUUAUUCAUUAUCAAGAAUUGGUUUGCUAGUUCAACGACUGUCCAGCAUGAUUUCGGUUCAACACUACGAUAUGCAUAGUAAGCGGUCUCGCGGUAAGUUGACCCUGUUUUGCUGUAAAGAUGAAAAAUAUUACGCGUUGACUUGUUGCCACGUUGGUUAUGCACCUCAUAUGAGGUUGAAUGAUGACCUUCUUGCCAUUCAAGAUGAAAUUAGUAAAAACAAAAAAAGCAUUCAGCGUUUAUUGCAUGAAAAUAAAUAUACUUUCUCUGAUGAUGACGACAGAGUGGUUGGUCAUUUUUCUGACUUCUCUUAUAAUCCUGAAAUUGAUAUCAUGUCUAUCACUGUUGGCAAUAAAGAGGAUUUUCAGAAGCUUGUUGGUGAUGAAUUGGAAGAUGUUAAUUCAAACUUUGAUGACGUAUUUAGCAAAAUUCACAAAAGACUAAGCCAAGAGGAAUCUGUGAAAGUUCGCACAGCCACUGGGGCUGAGGGCUACUUGUGUGACCUUAUGUAUUCAGUUUUUGUUAAAAAACAUGUGAUUUUCCGUGAUGUUAUCAUGAUAAAAAGUGAUGAGUCAUUUCUUCAGGAUGGUGACGCUGGUGUUCUUGUUUAUUUUUUGGAUGAAAAAAAUAAUUGGCAACCGUUUGCGUAUGGUAUUGCAGAAUUAACUAAAAAUCACGGAGAGACCAGAGAUAUGUAUUAUAUCUGCUUGAGAUUAAACAUUGCCUUAAAAGCACUUGGCCUUCAGGGCGGUCAGUUUUUCAAACUGAGGAACAAUGGUGACACUCUAUCCGUUAGUGAUAAACACAUCGACGAUGACACUGCAUUGAACAUCACCAACCGUGACGACAAUGGUCGCACUGCCUCUUAUAAAGAGAAAGCUGACGAGAGAACAAAUCAAAAACAUGAACAAGCGACAUACACUUAUUCAAGCCAACUUGAAUUUGCUGAGAAAACGCACGACAAAAUACUCAAUCUGAAAAUUCUAGCCCUGAUCAAUGAAUAUCACAAUUUUGUUGGGUCGUCGCAAAAAUGGAAUUGCGUUGACAAAUCAGUGAUGCAUCGCGAAAAGUUUGAAAUGAUGCAAAAACAUUGGCUAGAACAUCCAGGUGAUAUUAGAAUUAAAGGCGAUGUACGUGUGAUUUUCAAGGAAAAGUUCUUGAUUGGCAAAGGAAGUGGUGGAACCGUUUAUCUUGGUUUGGGAAGGGAUGGUUAUGGAAAAGCUGUAAAAAAAAUCCCUAAAAAUAGCUGUCCCCAUCUUGCUCUACGGGAAAAGAAUGUUUUGAAUGAGCCAAAGGCAAAGAAGUCGAAGCAUGUUGUAAAGUAUUGGAACUUUGUAGAAGAGGAAGGAGAAGAUUUUGUCUAUUUGAUAUUAGACUUGUGCGAACAAAGUUUGACAAGUUUUGUUAAGUCUACUAGUUUAGAUAAACUUCACGAAGCCCUUCCUGAAAUCCUUAGACAAAUUUUAAAUGGAUUAUCUGAUCUUCAUAGUGGCCCAAGUUCAAUUCUUCAUCGAGAUUUAAAGCCUUCUAAUGUUCUUCAAGACGUGGAAGGCGAAUUUAUGAUAGCUGACUUUGGCAUUAGUCGAAUAUUGAAAAGUGGCGAUAACUCAACAUAUCAAAGCAGUCCUGGUACAGGCAGUUAUAGUUGGUCCGCUCCUGAAUCCUUGGGUGGUGGACGUUACAAGAAAGAGUCUGAUAUAAUGAGUGCAGGAAUGGUGGCUUAUUAUGUUGCAACAAAAGAGGAACAUGCUUUUGGCGCUGAAGAGAAUAGAUUGAAAAACUUGUUAAAUGGAAACCCUGUUGGCUUGAAGAAAAUCAAUGAUGUUCAACUUGAAGACCUUCUUUCAUGGAUGCUACAGCAUGAGCCUAAACUCAGGCCAUCAGCCAAAGCGGCGUUAAAACAUCCUUAUCUACGAUCCAAUGAGGAAACGUUUGACAUGCUGUGUGAAGUUGGGAACCAACCAGAGAUUAAAAAACAAAUAUGUCGAAAUUCAGAUGUUCGUAAGCAGUUGAAUCGUCGCUCAAAAUGGAUGAAACGUAUCGAUGAUGAAGUUUUGAAAGAUUUCAUAACAUUUGAAGUAAACAACAAAGAAAGAACUGUAACCUACAAGUCUUCAUGGGCAAGUUGUUUGAGAUUCAUACGUAACGUUGAUCAGCACUGGCGAGAUAAAUCUCGUUCACUUCUAUCGCCAUAUAUCAAGGAAGGCAACUAUAAAGAGUAUUUCAUGCAACGUUUUUCCGAACUUCCUCUACUGGUGCACAAAAUUAUUAGAUCGACUGACUGGAAAACAAGACGUAAAUUGCGAAACCAUUUUACCUGAAACAUAAAUCCUGUGAAAAUUGAAAGAAGUCAAUGGAAAGAAAUUUGAAGAUAUUAUUGCCAACCGUAAUCUUGAUGAAAAAUGAAGUAUCACAAACUUUUAACUAAUCAUGUGCCACUUUCUAAUUGUUAACUUGAGCAACGACCAAGAAAUUGAUUCAUAAAGUCAUAUCAAGGAUUAUUUGCAUGUAUUGUCACUGAAGUAUGGAUUAUUAAUAAACUUAAAUUCGAUCAUAUAUGCAUGUAAAGGUCUUAAUGAAUGUAGAACGUGAAUGCAUGAAAAGCAAUUAGGGAAAUGUUGUAUUAAUUAUAGUCGUAGAGCAUCUUGCAAAUAAAUGUAAUGUUUGUUAUAUACUUCGUCAUAAAAGUUGAAUAUG